AAAGACAAGAGCCGCGCCUGCCGCAGACACCAAGUCUCCCCUUAUGCCAAUGGCUUAUUAUAAUUGAUUCGUACACCCAGGUUGUAGCUUAGAAAAAAAGUAGAUUGCAUUUUUUUUCUAGGAAUUCGAAGAAAUCACCUCAGCGAUACUGCUGGCUUUGAUAGGGUACAAAUAUGCCUCACAAGAAUGUGCGUUGAAAAUUUUCGUUACCUAUUGACAUGGAUCAUUUAUUUUUCAAAGUUUUCGCUUUAUUUCUACUUUCAUUAUAUUUGAAUCAGCGAUUGGGUACACUACUAGCUCUCGUGCGGUAUCAAGCUAGUCUAGAACGCAUGUUUUCUUUUGUUAAUUAUGGGUUAUCUCUUCAUUGGUACCACUACCAACAAACGCGGAUGGAACACAAUUCACCCGAAGGCCUGACGG